UACAUGACAUAAAGAACAAACGCGCAACGCAUUCCCAGACGCUCCCCUGCGCGAGCGCUAAAAAGUAUUCGCGUGUAUUUGCUGCUUGGGGACACAUCGGUACCCAGAGCUCAGGGAAGCAACGAACAAAAAGCCCAUGAGAUGAAGAGUCUUGCGGGGCCCUGAUGGAGGAAUGCUGCCCUACUGGCUUAUACCCCCCUCCUUGUCAUUCGCCCAAGAGCGACCAAUUGCGCGCAGGAUUUCAUAAAAGCCCCAAACACAAGCGCAUUGCACACAAUUGUAUCGCGCGGUACGGAUCGCGCCACACCCCCUUCUCCAAGCGGCUCUCCACCCCCCCCUCUAAUUCACUCUUGAAACGAUCUACCUAUUCCAAGUGCUUCAGCCAUAUGGGCAAGAGGAACUGCACCACCCCCCGUGUUUUUCACGCACAACCCUGGUGGUGCAGGAGGGAGAAGAGGGCGUGGGAGGAGAGAUCGCUGGAGAUGGGCUUCCUCCCCUUUCCCUCAGUCGGUGUCCUAUAAAAAUCAACCCCUUAAAAAAAGAAGAAUGACAUCAAACUUCCCUUCUGCCGCGUCCUGAGGCUUUGGGCUACUCCAAGAAGCUGCCCGGGGGGUGUGCGAGGUGCAUUGCUAGCUGGAGUAAAGCACUUCCUCUCUGCUCAAAGGGCAUCUCCCCCCACCCACACACAUAACAUACAUGUUCCAUACAUUCACCAACCAACCCCCAUCCAAACUUGUCCAGUCCUCUCUCCCCUCCCCCAUUCAUCUGGAUCUCUCUUUCUCAUUCCCCUCCCUCUUCCCUUUACUCAAUCUCCUUUCCACCCCUCCCGGACUUCUUUUUUACUCCCCUCGUCCUUCUUCUUCUUUCCCCAAAUCUACUAUCUAAUUGAGGAGCUGGGAUUCCUCACGUGAGAAGUUGAUUUGUAGUUUGAACACGUGGCUCAUUCAAAAAGCCGGAAUAUUAAAGUGACCCCCCCCUCUCGAUUUUAUUUAGAGGCGGCGCCUACAUUAACGUAGAGUGACAUUUUCACAGUCCGCCAGCCAAAAGGAUUUGGGGGAAGACAAAAAGUAGUUUUUUUUUUCCUCCUCCUUUUUUUUUCUUUCUAAGCCCGCCAUUCUAGUAAGAGGGAAAAAAGGGGAAUCUGUUUUGCCCCUUCUCCUCCUGCACAUCCGGACAACACGCCAAAUUGCUCUUCUUUUUCCCUCUCGCUUUUUGAGUCGAGCAGCGACUACAGACCUGAUUUACUGGUUCCUCCGAGCUCGCUCGCCGCCCCCUUUACUCACUGCUCGGGCUCGUUUUCUUUUAGCCUUUUAUUGGGUUUUUUUUUUAUUUUUUACGAUGAACAAGCUGUAUAUUGGAAACCUAAGCGAAAACGUCAGCCCCCCGGAUUUGGAAAGUCUCUUCAAGGAGUCGAAGAUCCCUUUCACCGGGCAGUUUCUGGUCAAAAGUGGAUACGCGUUUGUGGACUGUCCGGAUGAGACGUGGGCUAUGAAGGCCAUCGACACCCUCUCAGGGAAAGUGGAGUUGCAUGGCAAAGUGAUAGAAGUUGAACACUCAGUACCCAAAAGGCAAAGGAGUCGAAAGCUUCAGAUAAGGAACAUACCACCUCAUCUACAGUGGGAGGUACUGGACAGCCUAUUAGCACAGUAUGGGACAGUGGAAAACUGUGAGCAAGUUAACACUGAUUCAGAAACUGCAGUAGUGAAUGUAACAUAUGCCAAUAAGGAGCACGCUAGACAAGGACUCGAAAAAUUAAACGGCUAUCAGCUUGAGAACUAUAGCCUGAAAGUGACGUAUAUACCUGAUGAAAUGGCAACACCGCAAUCACCAUCCCAGCAGCUUCAGCAGCCGCAGCAGCAACACCCUCAAGGGAGGCGUGGGUUUGGGCAAAGGGGACCUGCCAGGCAGGGGUCCCCUGGUGCUGCUGCAAGACCUAAGCCUCAGUCAGAGGUUCCACUGAGGAUGCUGGUGCCCACACAGUUUGUUGGGGCGAUCAUUGGAAAAGAGGGUGCCACCAUCAGGAACAUCACUAAACAGACCCAGUCAAAAAUAGAUAUUCACCGUAAAGAAAAUGCUGGUGCUGCAGAGAAACCGAUUACGAUUCACUCAACCCCUGAAGGCUGUUCAGCUGCAUGCAAGAUCAUUAUGGAGAUCAUGCAGAAGGAAGCUCAGGAUACCAAGUUCACUGAAGAAAUCCCCUUAAAAAUAUUAGCACAUAACAAUUUUGUUGGCCGUCUUAUUGGGAAAGAAGGAAGGAACCUUAAGAAAAUAGAGCAAGACACAGAUACCAAAAUCACAAUAUCUCCACUACAGGACUUGACACUGUACAAUCCUGAACGGACCAUUACAGUAAAAGGCAGCAUUGAGACAUGUGCCAAAGCCGAGGAAGAAGUCAUGAAAAAAAUUAGGGAGUCCUAUGAAAAUGAUAUUGCUGCUAUGAAUCUACAGGCACAUUUGAUUCCUGGUUUAAACCUGAAUGCAUUGGGCCUUUUCCCACCAUCCUCGUCAGGAAUGCCACCACCAUCUGCUGGAGUUUCCUCUCCGACAACAUCUGCUUCUUAUCCACCAUUUGGGCAGCCAGAGUCAGAGACUGUUCAUCUCUUCAUCCCAGCUUUAGCUGUGGGAGCAAUUAUUGGAAAGCAAGGACAACACAUCAAACAACUGUCGCGUUUUGCAGGAGCAUCUAUUAAGAUUGCACCCGCAGAGGGACCUGAUGCCAAACUAAGAAUGGUGAUCAUCACUGGACCUCCUGAAGCCCAAUUUAAGGCUCAAGGAAGGAUCUAUGGUAAACUUAAAGAAGAAAACUUCUUUGGACCUAAAGAAGAAGUGAAACUUGAGGCCCACAUUAAAGUGCCGUCAUAUGCUGCUGGACGUGUUAUUGGCAAAGGAGGCAAAACAGUAAAUGAACUUCAGAAUUUAACAAGUGCAGAAGUUGUUGUGCCCCGUGAUCAAACACCAGAUGAAAAUGAUCAAGUGGUUGUUAAGAUAACGGGUCACUUCUAUGCUAGCCAGCUUGCACAAAGGAAAAUUCAGGAAAUACUGGCUCAGGUAAGAAGACAGCAGCAGCAACAGCAGAAGACAGCGCAAAGUGGACAACCCCAACCAAGAAGAAAAUAAAGGUUCAGGAAAAUGGCCCUUCACAGAGACAGAUGCCAGACCAAAGACAGACUGAGAUAAAGACAGGUUCCACCUCUGUCUGUGCUACGUGGGAGGAAAACCACCUAGUACAUCCCCUGUUUGAGGACCAGGCAACCAUUGAACUGUCUCUGAGAAUGUAUUAUUUAGGCUCUCAAAACUUUUGAAACCCAGCUUUAAAAAUGGAAAAAAAAAGGCAAAAAAAGAAAAUGAAAAAAAAAAAAUAAGGUCCCCUUCACUUCCCUUUUGAUCUAUUCUCACAAGUUAACAUAAACCUUGUUAGUCUUUUUUUUAUUGUUCUUAUUCCCCCAACAAUUUUAGAACUUUGUUUAAUGAAGCUUUCUCUUAUGAGUUCUGGUUCAAAAAAAAAAAGAAAAGGCAUUGCUCGUAUACGUCCAAUUGUAUUAAAAGAUAUAUAGUGGCGGGUGGGAUUACUGUUGGGUUAGAGUUGAUGAAGGUUAUUGACAAGAUUAAGUGUUAGUCCCAGUGUUGAACAAGUGGCAUUUUUUUUUCUUUUUCUAAUUUGGUUGCAUUUUUACUUAACACUGCCAUGAAUAACCUAAGGGAAGUGUAGAAAGGUGUUGGCCAGGGCAUAAAAAGAUAUAUGCAUUUUACUAAACUACCUCAGGCAUUUAGUACCUCAAUGAGAAAUUGUUCCUUUUUGCUUUUUUUUUUUUGUUUAUUUUCUUUUUUGUUUUAUAUUUUGUAUACUUUAUAAAGCUAAUAGUUCUUGAGCAUUUUAUUUUUUUAAUAAAAAAAAAUAAAUAAAAUAUCAGCCAGCAGCUAAGGAGUUACUAAUAUUUGGUGCAAGAGAGCAGACUAAAACUGCUUGCUGUUGGCUGAUGGGAGUAAGAGAUGGGGGAGUUGCCUCGGUUUUCCUGAGGCCUUUCAAUCCAUCCUAUUGCUAGAUAAUUCAGUGAAUGUUCAAAAAUAGAUCCGGAAAGACACCACCAUUCUGAUAUCAGCAAUGCCGUUAAUUUUUUCUUUUACUAUGGGUUGAAAAUAAAGCUUGACGGUACUUUUUCUGGGAACAGGACACAAGGAAGUGAUGGAAAGAGGCCGGCCGGGUUUGGGAAUUUUUUUAGGAUGCAAUAGACUGGAGUUUUUGUUGUUUUUUCUUUUCUGGGAAUUUUUGUUUUCCUUUCCCCACCCCUCCUUUUUUUUUUUUUUUUUUUUUUUAAUAAUUAAAUUUUUUUUUUUGUGCUGCUUGGUUGAAUGCAAUGAACCCUUUGUGCCUUUGACCAUCACUACCUAUAACAAUGCUACAUUGAAACAUUUGCAGCCCGUUUGAACUUUGCCAUUCUGUUCAAAGAGCAAGCUUCAUAGUCAGUUUGGUAAAAACACUUGAUCUGUGGGAGGAUAAAUAUAUAUAUAUAAAUUCAUAUAUAUAAAUAUAUUUUUUAUUUUUUCCUUUUUUUUAUUUUUUAUCACAACCAUCUAUCAAUGCUUCCCAUAAGAUCAGCACAUAUUACGUUCAGUUACCAUGACUGGGGGAGAGGGAACUGGGGAGGGGGUCAAACGCUUGUUUGAUCACGCAGAAGAUAACGACAGGCUUACGUUUACAUAUCCAGCCGCAGUAAAAAAAAAAUUUUUUUUUUUUUUUUUAAAAAAAAGUAAAAAAUAAAAGGGCCACACAAAGCCACUUGAAAGGUUUAAAAGCUGAAUACAACAGUCUAUCCCGGCAGCAGGGUUUAUGCACGUUCUUUUUAAUUUUCUUUGCAACCAAUCAUGAACCCUCUGGCUGCCAGAUCGGCAAGCUCUGCCGCUGGCAGCUGAAGGGUAAAUACAAAAAGAAAGUCAAAAGGCAGGGACAAAAGGAAAGCUACCAAAUUCUUUUAAUUUCCGAAUGUAAAUUGAAUGAUGAUUGUGGUAAUAUUACACAUUCAAGUUUCUACAAUAAACUUCAGUCUACCUCAGUUUUGAAUAUGUGGCAACACAUGGUGCAUAAAGACUGCUGUGUGUGUGCGCGUGUGUGGUCUUUAACAGAGCCAUGCAAUUUACCUCUGAACCUUUAUUUUUUUUUUUUAAAUGUUUUUGUGCAUGAGAUGAUCACAAUCACCAUGCUGCACUGAUUUGAGGGGCACAACUAGCGAAAAAAACCCAUUUGUUUCAUCAUUUUGUUGAUCUACCUCUUAGAUUCAUAUUGAAAUAGAGGCAUUUCUGCAUAGACUAGAUAAUUUUUUUCCCAAAGAUCAUUGUUGUACAGAUUAGAGCUUUUUCUUCUUCUUUUGAAAAUGGUCUGAAGUGCUUUUUUUUUUCUUCUUCUACAUCUUUACUAAUUUGGUUAAAAUAAAGAACUCGGAACCUAUGUUGUAGUUUUAAGAGAAACCUUAAUUUUUCUUUUUUUUUCCUUGACGAGAGUGACUUCAUGUAGUGGUUAGAAUUUUUUCUUUUCUUACAUUGAUUAAAAGAAUACUGAACUAUGAAAAGUCAUUAAAAUAGCAUAUUGAACUUUAGUUGAGGCUUAAGUACUGGCCCAACUUUCUUUUUCUUAACAUGUUGAAGCAGACAUAACUUGAUUAUUUUCCAUGAACUUUACUUUUACAGAUAGGUGCUGCAUUUACAUCUGCUGAUUUAAAUACUGUCAUAUCUCUUUAAAUUUCUAGACUGUUAGUGUGGUAAAUCAUGUUAUUUUCAAUUGAGACUUGGUAACUUGGAGUAUUUUGGCAAUAGCUACAGUAGAGAGUGAUACUGUAAAUGAAUUUAAUAUCCGCAAAGCAUGGAUCAUAUUUCAUCUGUAAUGUGCCCCCAACGCAGCUCCACUUGCCAGAUGCCUCUGAAUGGAAUAAAGAGUUUAACUCCUA